AUGCCUAAGUUUCAGAAGAGCGUCAUUGGAAGAAACAUGGCUCACCAGUCCACCGACGAUGACGCUGUUUGCGAGGAGGUAGUCGACAAGCUGAUGCACAUCAUCACUUGGGCCUUCAACGACGGCUUCUCCUUUUCCACGAACCACAUCGACACCGACAUCGCCGUCAACAUCUGUCUCGUUCUUCGUGUCGGAGGAAGCCCCGACCGCGCUGCUACACGUAUCGCGGCGCUGAUGCGUGCCCUCCUUGGAUCCGGCAAGAGCCUGAGAGCACAGUACUCCCACGACCGCAUGGGUAACGCUAUGUUCUACGAGGCCGUCGCCCAGGAUCUGUUCGUGGGCGCUCGUAAGAGUUUCAUCCGUGAGUGCCCUGACGACAACGAGGAGGGCAUCUACACCGAAAAGACUGAACGACUUCUUGGUCUUGUCGACAGCUACUUGGAUUAUGCAGAUGGGUACGAGAUCAACAAGCGCAAUGUUUUGGGUGGUCACACGACCAAUACUUUGGCGUGA